CACCAGCUCAUAGUGUUGCUGCAGUUCCCGCCCUCACCCCAUUCCCACUUCUCCCGAAGUUCACUCCCACUAUCCUUGGUAGCUAUGGUGAUGUGUGUGUUUAUAUGGGAUUAUCCAAUUGUGAAACAUUAAUCUGCCAAUUAAAUUGCUUUGUUUUUUAUGUUUGUGUAUGAUGAGGACGAUUAGUGAUUAAGGCAGUAGCCUAGCGUGGAAUCCGGUAUUAUCGGCAUAUUCAACAGCGUUUAAGAAAUAUAUUACCUUCAACACUUUUAUCUUGUGAUCAAGCCAUCAAUAUUUUGUGAUUAUUGGUAUCGUAAAAAUGUUAGCUAAUGGGUUAGCAAUUAGUAGUAUUUCCACUGAAAUGUCAAACAUGCUAUCAGCUUUUUGAUAAGCGGUUUAGCAAAAAAAUACAUCCCGUAUUAUCGGCAUACGGUCCCCAGUUAUUGGCCAAUAUACUAUUUUGUUCAAUUACGAGACAUAUCCAUUUAAUUUUGUUCAAAGAAGCGACACCAACCUCGUAUCCGAAGUGUUUACUAGAUAGUUGACUAGUUGGCUAGCCUUCCGGUAAAAAAAUAAUGACUUGCCUGUCAACUUUUCAUUGCAUAGCCCGGUGCGCCCUCCUGUGGACUCUUAAAAAAUGGUUCUUCACCAACAUAUUCAGUGUUGUAACCAAAUAAUGUCUCAUAAUUUGUUUUACAGAUUAAUCUUAUGUUUUGAGAAAGUAGAUAACAGUUGAAUACUAAAAUAUAAUAUGAGUAUGAAUAAUUUACAUAAAAUAAAACUUUAAUUUCAGUAAUGUGCAUUGACAAACAAUGAAAACACUGUUAGAGUUUGUGUUGCAGAGAUGCACUUGGAAAGUAAAGGAAUAAAUACACAAGAUGGGUUGAAUAAAUAUAUAUAUAUUAUAUUUUAGGCAAACAAAUAAUUUCAUAUGAACACAAACAAAACAAACAAUUAAAUCUUGACCUCCAUCCUUAUAUUGUCACAAAAAUCACAAUACAAAAAUCACAAUAAAAAAAUCCAGCUCCACUGCUACCUCUGGAUCCCACUGCACACACCUGCAGUGGAACCAGUGCUGGCAGAAGUCACAGCACAACCAUGGCACCUCGGAUCUACACUCCUGAGGGGAGCUUGCAGACGGAUCAUGCUCCCCGCAGCAAGCACAGCAGGUGGUGUCUUCUUUUAUAUAAAAUAAGAAUAAAAUUGAUUAACAUGGUUUUGCAAAAUGUAGAAGUUCUUUAAUAACAAUAGUAAUUGAUACAACUGAGAGAAAAACAGAUUAUGAAGUACCUGAGAGUGGUGCCAUGGGUGGCGUGACAGAGGUGGCCAGAGGUGUCACGGUUCAGACAGACGACCAGAGGACCACAAUUGCGUCACACCAGAAAGUUUAUUAAAACUUAAGGGAAAAGGGAAGUAGGGAGUGAAUGAAGGCUCCAGGGGUAACAGGGAUCCCGUCCAAUGUGCUGGGUCUGUGCCCCCCCCAGUGGCAGCGAUGCGUCCUAUGAAGCCGGUGGUGGGUGGUCCAGAAGUCCUGGGGGGGGGAGACACAGACACAACAGGGCGGAAUGAAACAAGGCAGCAGUACAGUUCAAGGGAAAUCCAAAAUACGUAGUAGCAAGGCAGAAGGCUGGUCAGAGUUACCGGGAUUGAAGAGUAGUCAGGAGUCGUUAAGGCAGAAAGCAGGUCUGGAUCUCCUGGGGCAGAAGAGUAUCCAAAAAUCAGGCAGGUCCGGGGUCACAAAACCAGGGUGAGCCAGAAGCGCGAGCAAACAGGUUCCGGGAGUGAGCUUUGCAGACGAUCUGACACCGGAGAGCUGAAAGACAGGGCCUUAAAUACUGGGAGAGGUAGUGGGUAAUGCAGCGCAGCUGGCAGAGUAAUUAGAGCAGAGCAGAGCAGGGACAGGUGGAGCUAGUUAGGCUGAGUAGAGAGAAUGGUGAGCAGAGUGGAAGAAAAUUAGGGUGGUAACCCGGUGGAGUGAGAGGCUCAUGACAAGAGGAGCUUUUCUCUUCCUUUUCUGUGCUGCAGUUUGAGAAAAAGUAGUGUUAGACAGAGCAUGUUUCAUGAAAAUCCUUUUAAACUUUUUUACAUCAAUACCUCUGGAGGAAGCUGCAGACGUUUUGGAGGAGGUGGAGAUGACUUGAGGGCUGGUGCUAUGGACUGUAGAUAUGUAAAGAGAUACAAAAAAAGUACAUUGCUGUUUUAUAAAACAGAUAACAAACAGUCAUUUUUUCAUAAUUUAACAUGUGUUUAUCUGUGGAGGUGGCUGUAUUCAAAUUGCAGGGGGCAGGGACACCAGACGAGGCUGCUAUGGUGGUGUGACCAGGGGAGACGGAGGAGGCAGUUGGUCCAGAGGAGGCCGUGUUGGUGGUGACAGACGGGGGGAGGGUGGUGUGCAUCGUGGUGGUGUUGGACAAAACCGCCGCCGAUGGCUUGGAGGAGCUGGUGUUUGUAAUGGUGGGGUUGAGGGGCCGACGAUGGUGUGCCCGGGAGAGUAUGCGCGUGGCCUUCUUCUGCAGCUGGGGACUCCGGCGGCUCCUACAGGUGUUGCACACUGUGUAGUGGCCACUGGGGAAACACUUGGGGUAGAUGAUAAAUGGGGGGGACGGCCUACCCAGCUGCGUUGAAGCAGGCCAGCACUGUGAUGUGCUCCUUGGUCCCCGGAGCCUGCUGGUACACGUGUUUUGGCCCCGGGGAGCCAGCACUUUGUGCCUGCUCUGGUCGCUACGAAACCCAGACUCAUCGCAGUUGUAGAUUUGUCUGGGUUUCUCCCUCAACCCACUCUCCUCCAAGUGCUUCUCAUAAGAAGUGAAGAAGGUGUCCAUCAUCGGACGUGUGGCACACUCAGCUCUCACCCUGUCCAGGGUGCCCGGCCCCCUCAUGCUCAGGUUCUCACUCCACUGCUUCCUCUUGACUUUCUCCAUGCUGUGGUGGUAAAUACAUGUAGCUAAAUAACUUGGCAUACUAUACACAUUUUAGAAAGAUAAGUCAAUCUGAAUAUGUAUAUACAUUUACAUUUCAAAGCUAAGGCAUUGAAAGGUGAUGAAAGUUUUCACAAUAACUGAAAGUGCACCCACGUUUUUUGUUUGAUGUUAUCUGUAAUGAAAAUUAGUGUCACAAUUAGUUUAAUAUUGAUGCAUACAUUGUAACAUUUGACUAAAUACUGCCUCUAUGUAGCUGUUGUAAGAUGAAACAUAGCCAACAGUGAUAGGUGUCAAAAAGUUCAUGGUUCAAAGUUCCAAAUAAAUUGUUGCAGAUUGUGCAAAACGCCCCCGUCAGAGGACAACAUUCAGCUGUUUUCGUGAUAUGUAUUAUCUAACGCUUACGAUUUCUUUCAUUUUUGCUGUCUUAGCAGUUCUAUCAACAUUUAGCAACUAAGCUAGCAACAUUAGAAAAUCAGUUCGCUACAUUUCAGAGGUAAAAAGUUGGAUAUUAAAUUAUGUGUGGUCUGUCGAGCAGUCGAAUUUUACAAUAUGCAGCCAAAGAAAUUCCCUGCUGAAAUUUAUCAGCGUGCAGCAAUGUCCAUCAGCCGGUGUGGAGAAUGACAAGCCUCCGAGGACAAGCCAUUCAUUCGCCGAGAACAACCGGAGGAGUCCGAGCCAUGCACUUCCACUGAUGAUGACAGCUCUCUGGCUGGACAAGAACAGGUGGUUGCACCAGGCCUAGCCACACCUUCAAAACAGUGCCGGCGAAGACCCUACUAUCUUGGUCCCAGGCUCAGAUUCGUCGCUCCCCGUCCCCGAUGACAGUGGUGGUGCUGCUGUUAAAUCCAACUCCCAGACAAAAAACAUAAAAGAU